AUGGACUUGGGCACUGUCCUCACGGUGGUCGAGCUCGUCCAAAAGGCCAUUACCAUCUACGAGCGUAUCGAAAACCUCCCCCAGCAGAUGGCCCAGUUGGGCCGGCGGAUGGAAAACUUAAACCUCUUCCUCGUCCGCCUUCAGAACUUCCUGACGGAGAACAACAAAAACGACAAAAACAACAAAAACCCAAAAACCCAACUGUUGUCUGGGCAACUAAACGAUCUCCGCAAGCUGCUGGCCGGGAUAAAGGCCAACGCCGAGAAGGUGUAUGAUCUAUUCGACCGCUACAAGAGCGGCAUCCUCUCCCGAUCCAAAGACCUGAAAUUCCGGGCAUCAUGGAUGACACAGGUGUGGUUCUCCAUCGUCGACAGCAGCGCCGACAAGGUCCAGGUUAUCAUGGAGGACAUCGACCAGCAGCGCAGCCUGUUACGUGACUACCUCGUUCUCAUGGCCGUCGAGAAGGCCUACGAACCCCCCGCCACAACCACCACCACCACAACCACGCGACCGGGCCGCGACCCAGCGCAAAAACCACCAAACGGCACGCUCGCAGCCACAUCCCCCAUCCGCCGCCCACCACCCUCCCCCUCCCCGACCCCGCCACGCCGCGACUACAAGAUCCUCUUCGUCGACCCCUACAACGAAGCGCGCAGCGUCGUCGCCGAGGCGCUGGUCAAGCUCCUCGCACAACUGACACUCCGCGCCCGCAACGGUGGCGGUGACUGGCGCAUCGGCGAGGUCAGCUCGGCGGGGUUCUUCACCAAGCGCAAGAACGAGGCGGCGGGCGCCAUCGACGCGCUCGACUACAGCGAGCGCAGCUUUCAGCUGCCGUGGCGGCCGGGCGGGGCGCCGCCCGAUGCGACGGCGCUGUCGGCAGUGUUUGAUAAUCGGUGGGCGGAUUAUCCGUUCAAGAAGGAUGUGAGGAAGGAGAUUUUGGCGCGGACAUCGAGGGGCGUGCCGAAGGAUGUGUUUGCGCGGUUUGAUUUUGUGUUUGUGUUUACGGUAAGGGAGCAUGAUAAUAUGGUGAAGCUGAAGGAGGCGUUGUUGAGGAGGGAGGGGCCCGGGGCGGCGCCGCGGUGCAAGGGGAGGGUGUUGCAGUUGGGGGCAUAUCUGGCGCAUAAGAGGGGGCAGGUUCGGGAGAUCUUGAAUCCUGUGGAAGCUGGUGUGAAGAGUGGGGAUUUGAAGAAGAAGAGGGAGGCCUGGAACCAGCAGGUGUCGGAGAUUAGGACGGCUUUGAAGGCGUUCCUAAAGCAGGAGAUGAGGUGGACGCCGCCGGAUGAUCAAGAUAUCGGUUCUCCUAGUUUGAAGGGACUCGAGGCUGGGAAGAAGUAA